CAAAACUUGUUCUUCUCUGAAUCAAUCGUACAAAUACCAUCAACAUAAUAUAACUCAAUGGGGAUUCUCCACCAUCCAAUUGCUCGUAAUAUACGAAGAAAACCCCUCACGGUGGUUGCCCCCUUGGCUGUGAUUUUCAUGUUAUAUCUUUUUCUUUUUUCACAUCGUGAUUCCUCCAAAUCCAACUCCAGGAGAACAGCAUCCAAGUAUAGCUACAAACAAAAAAAUAAAUCCUGGUUCAAUAAAAACAAGGAUUCUGUGAUCUUAAGAAACUUGCCCAAGAACCAUUUGAGCCACUAUGACUUAAAUCAACUAACUGUCAGUAGCACACCUUUGGAAAAUAAAGAGGAGGUGUUAAUAUUGACACCGAUGUCCAAAUUUCUUCCAGAAUAUUGGGAUAACUUAAACAGGCUCACAUAUGAUCACAGCUUGAUUUCAUUAGGAUUUAUUUUGCCUAGGACUGAAGAUGGUAAUGUUGCUUUGAGGAAAUUGGAAAUUGCUAUCAAAGCUACCCAAGGAAACCCAGUUACAAAAUUCAAGAAGAUCACAGUUUUGAGACAAGACUCUAAUUCUUUAGAGAGUCAACUAGAGAAAGACCGUCAUGCUUUCAGCGUUCAAAAACCAAGGCGAGCGUUGAUGGCAUUGGCAAGGAACUCAUUGGUAUUUACAACUAUAUCUCCAUCAACUUCUUGGGUGUUGUGGCUCGAUUCCGAUAUCAUAGAAACUCCUCACAGUGUUAUUCAAGAAAUGGCUGCUCAUGACAAGCCGGUAUUGUCGGCAAAUGUCUACCAGCGAUUUUACAAUGAGGAAUCUAAGAAGAAUGAUAUCCGUCCUUAUGAUUUUAACAACUGGGUUGAAAGCGAAGAAGGAUUGAAAUUGGCCAGUACUUUAGGUGAAGAUGAAAUUGUUGUAGAAGGGUACGCAGAGAUGGCGACUUAUAGACCUUUGAUGGCUCACUUUUAUGACCAUAAUGGUGAUAAGAAUACAGAAAUGGCCUUGGAUGGAGUUGGAGGUGGAGCGGUAUUGGUCAAAGCCGAUGUUCAUAGAGAUGGAGCCAUGUUCCCGUCGUUCCCAUUCUAUCACUUAAUUGAAACAGAAGGUUUCGCUAGAAUGGCCAAGAGACUUGGUUAUGAGGUGUUUGGAUUGCCCAACUAUUUGGUUUACCACUACAAUGAAUAGAUAUAUAUGACUGAACAAUAUAUAAGUUUAUCUUCCU